ACCACAACCACAACCACAACACAACCACAUUGCGACAUUCCAUUUGCCGCUUUACACUUUAUAUUUGACAAAUUCCCAACAACAACAGCAACAGAAAAAACAUCAUGUCGGACAAGGCCACACUUAUUGAAUUCGGCUUCACUGAGCUGCGCGCCGAAAAGGCACUGAGAGCUACCAGUAACAGUGGGCUCCAACAGGCACUCGAUUGGCUGGAGGCGCACAGCAACGAUGCAGACAUCGACGACCCCAUCAGCGAAUCCUCCGCUCCUCCUCCGCCCCUCUUUCAGCAGCAACAGAGGUGCACCGACUGUGGCAAGCAAUUUGCCACCCCAGAGCUUGCCCAAUACCACGCGACGAAAUCGGGACACGCCAAUUUCGCCGAAAGCACCGAAGCUGUCAAACCCCUGAGCGAAGCAGAGAAACAGGAGAAACUCCAAGAGGUGCAGCGCAAGAUUGCAGCUAAAAGGGCGCAGCGCGAAGAAGAGGCAAGGGCGGAGCAGAAGCAGGGAGAGCUGAUUCGGAGAAAGGCCGGCCAGGAUAUGACUGAGGCGUGGAGCGCAUGA